AUGCUGAAAAUGGGUUCAACGGGCCCAGGAAUACUUCAAACGCCCUAUACAUCACGGUCCCUGAAUCUUACUCACCGUGUCGUUCUAGUUCCGAUGACUCGGAUGCGAGCAUCUGACGAAACAGGAAUUCCCAAUGAAUCUGCGGCCAUAUACUACGCAGAGCGCACCAUACCUGGAUCUCUCCUGAUUUCUGAGGGAACUGUAGUGCAUCCACGUGGCAAGGGCUUUCCCCAGACACCUGGCAUAUGGACACACGAACAGGCCUUGACCUGGAAACCGAUUACAGAUGCCGUUCACAAGGCAGGAGGAAUAUUCUUUGUUCAGUUGUGGCACGUUGGUCGAGUAUCAGUGCCCUCACAAACAGGGGGUUUGCCUCCGUUUAGUUCCACUGCUGCACACCUACCGGGUGAACAUAUCUUAUUCGGGGAUGAUAACGGCACUGAGUCGUAUGUCGACUCACAUCCUAUGACUAUACAAGAUAUAAAGGAUGUAGUAGGCCAGUUUGCUCAUGCAGCAAAGCUGGCAGUUGAAGUUGCAGGAUUCGAUGGCGUUGAAAUCCAUGGUGCUAAUGGGUAUCUGCUGGAUUCGUUCGUUCAUGAUAAUAUCAAUACUCGUACUGAUGAGUACGGUGGCCCAAUAGAGGCGAGACUCAAGUUUCCAUUGGAAGUGGUAGAUGCAGUCAUUGCGGCUGUGGGCAGUGAGAAGACAGCAAUUCGAUUGGCACCAUAUCAUGUACUACAGGAGACGAAUGAUAGUGAUCGAAUAGGGACUUUCUCGGUGUUUUGCGCGCUUUUGGAAAAGAGAAACCUCGCAUACGUGCACAUUGUUGAGCCUAGAUACGACCAAUUGAGUCAGGAAGGCGCUUUUUCUGGGAAUAUCAUGAGACGAAGUGAGACUUUAGAUACCUCAACUGCAGCUUCUGCGUCUAUUUGGCCAUUCAGACGUCUUCUGAAGACUACAACGGUUAUUGGAGCUGGAGGAUACGAUGGGACAUCAGCCGCCCAAGCUAUUGAGGAAGGUCAAGUCGAUUUGGUCGCGUUUGGAAGAUAUUUCACCUCCAACCCAGACCUGCCCGAACGGCUAUUCAAUGAGCAUCCUUUGACUAAGUAUCAUCGUCCUACCUUUUAUACUUCUGGCAUGGAUGGAUACCUAGGAUGGCCUCGUUGGAACGAGGAAAUUGCUGGCCGUCAAUAA